GUGCGAAACGGCAAUCCGCUCAACUAUCUGCACACAAUUUGACUAGGCGGCCGAUUAGGUCGUGCUUGCCGUGUAUCAGCAAGCCUCCGUGCCAUAGAGUACUACUUGAGAUUCAAACUCCGCUUUAGCGCUUAUGAACUCUAUUGUCUUGUUAGGAUCAGUCCUCGCCAUCGUACACGACGCCGCUGACAUCCUCAAAACUUCAAGGGUAAGCCAGUCUCAAAAUGCCUCUUACAGAAUACCAGGUCGUCGGCCGUCACUUGCCCACCGAGGCUGAGCCCAAACCCAAGAUCUACCGUAUGCGCAUCUUUGCGCCUAAUGAAGUUGUUGCCAAGUCUCGUUUCUGGUACUUCCUCCGGCAAUUGAAGAAGGUCAAGAAAGCCAAUGGCGAGAUCAUUGGCGUCAACGUUAUUCAUGAGAAGAAGCCCCUGAAGGUCAAGAACUUCGGUAUCUGGAUCCGUUACGACUCCCGCUCUGGCACCCAUAACAUGUACAAGGAGUUCCGUGAACUCACUCGUGCGGAUGCCGUCAAGAGCCUCUACCAGGAUAUGGCUGCUCGUCACCGUGCCCGUUUCCGGUCCAUCCACAUCCUUCGUGUUGUCGAGAUCGAGAAGACUGACGACGUUCGCCGCCCCUACAUCAAGCAGCUGCUCCAGCCCAAUCUCAAGUUCCCUCUUCCUCACCGUGUCCAGAAGGUCCGCUCGACCUUUGUCGCACACAGACCGUCCACCUUCUAAGGUGAUUAUCGUACGCAUACUGUACGUAUCCGAUACCUUGGAUUCUCGAGGAGAAAACUUUUCCGCUUUCUGGCGGCAAGCCGUCUGUCGUCAUGCUUUGCUUCUGUAUUAGGUUUACAUGCACAAUGCUAUGAUCCAUGCAUUCGAGCAGCGACAUCCUCAGUUCGUUAAUGAUCGCAUCACAUUACACAAGGCUGGUAGACAGAAGCACAAUCUACUGAGACAUUGAUUGACAUGUCCAACCCCAUCACUUACUCAAAGACGAUUGCGACGGCAUCUGUUGCAGGCCAAUAUUG